UGCCCGGCCGCCGUCGGGGCCGCCGGGGUCGGAGGUCGCGGCGGCGUGGUUACCCGGAAACUGCCGCGGCCCAGUGCCGGAGCCGGAGCGGCGGCGUCUGGGGCGGAGGCGACGGCCGCGGCCUGGGCCUGGGCCUGUCAGCGUCCCGGGCUCCCGGAGCGGAACGCGGAGGGACAGCCAGGAGCGGGCCGGGGGAGAAUGGUGCAGAGCGGCCCGGAGCCCGCGCCCGCCCCGCUGCCGCCGCCGCCGCUGCUGCUGCUGCUGCGUGUGAGCGCGGCCCGUUAGCGGCGCCUCCCCGCUCCCGCCCGGCCCAGGGCGGCCGGGCCAGCCCGCGGAGGACAUCCUCAGAGGGAAGAUCGUACGCCCCCUGAAGAGCCUCGCCCCUCCGGACCUGGUCCCUGCUUCGUCUCAGAGGUGGAACUAAUGAGAAUAAUGUUUAACAUCAAUCCCUUGGAGAACCUGAAGGCUCAUAUUAGCAGCCGGCCUCCACUGGUUGUCUUUAUGGUCAGUGUGAGUGCCAUGGCCAUCGCUUUCUUGACCCUGGGAUAUUUCUUUAAAAUAAAGGAGAUCAAGUCACCCGAAAUGGCAGAGGAUUGGAAUACUUUUCUUCUGAGGUUCAAUGACUUGGACUUGUGUGUCUCGGAGAACGAAACCUUAAAGCAUCUUCUGAAUGACACUGCCACCUCGGAGACUGCAGUGACCAGCGGGCAGGCCCGGUCAGCCACCCAGGCACCUCAGGCCCUCGAUGACUCUGGCCCCACGAACAUUUCUGUUGCCAUCACCCUGACCCUGGACCCACUGAAGCCCUUUGGAGGGUACUCCCGCAAUGUCACUCACCUGUAUUCCACCAUUUUGGGCCACCAGAUUGGCCUUUCAGGGAGAGAGGCCCACGAGGAGAUCAACAUCACCUUCACCCUGCCUGCGGCCUGGAAUUCCGAGGACUGUGUUCUCCACGGCCAUUGUGAGCAGGUGGUUUUCACCUCCUGCAUGACGGUCACGGCUGCCACCAGCGUGUUUCCUGUUACCGUACAACCGCCGCAUUGCAUCCCUGAGACCUACAGCAACGCCACGCUCUGGUACAAAGUCUUCACCACCGCUAGGGAUGCAAAUACUAAAUACGCGCAAGACUAUAAUCCUUUCUGGUGUUACAAAGGGGCCAUCGGCAAGGUCUACCAUACUUUGAACCCCAAGCUCACCGUCAUCGUGCCAGAUGAUGAUCGGUCCUUGAUCAACCUCCACCUCAUGCACACCAGCUAUUUCCUCUUUGUGAUGGUGAUCACAAUGUUCUGCUACGCCGUCAUCAAGGGCAGACCAAGCAAACUGCGACAGAACAAUUCCGAAUUCUGCCCAGAAAAGGUGGCUUUGGCUGAAGCUUAGUCCCAAGGAGGGACCGAAAGAACCGCAAUCGUUGCCUGCUGAGCCCGGCCUGGAUCUGGACACUCUGUGAAUAUAUUAUCUGGCAAUGUUGGGUUAUUCCAACCAAAGACAUUUCAAGUGCCUGUUCAUUGAUUUGUGAUUUGUACAUAUUUAUAAAAGAAAAAAAAUAUAUUCAGAAACUGGUCGGAUGAUGCACUCGCUCCGCACUGGGGUGCGACCAGAACCUUUCAAUCUUUCCCCUGUGGACUUCGCCCAUGUUUGUGUAAAUAUGUUAACAGCGUGGCUCCAUCAGUCAGAGUGGAACGCCACGGCCCGGCGGCAUUGGAGCCCGCCCGAUGCCUUUGCGAACGUCUCAAAGCAAACAGAUUCAUCCGACCUUGGGUUUGGUUUUUGUUUUAGCCCCAAAGUAGCCUGUGUGCACCCUGGAUAUGGGACAUCACCUUUCCAAAACCGCUGAUCCAGGCCUGGCCUGGCUUAAUAAGGGCAGGAACAACAAUAAUGAUACCUGUUCUCCACUUUGCUCUUUGCUUGCAAGAAAAGCUAUCCAACUUUCUAGGAUUCUUUCUUUCUUUUUUUGGAAGAAGAAAAAUUAAAAUCCACAUUCACAUUUUAAUACUGCAGUAGUUAGGACAAACUUACGCUUUUAUCCUGAGCAAAACAGAUAUUUAAAAGAUGAAUCCAUUUCGAAAUCAUCCCCACUUUAAGUGCUAAGUUUCAUUUUGUGUGGACUGUGGAAAACCACGGGCUCGGUGGCGGGAUGCUUCCCAGUCGCUCUUCCUUCCUCCCUUGGCUUUUUUCUUCUUUAAAAUGGAAAAAGCAGCUUGCUUGCGCCAAGGGACUGAGCCAUGUCUCCCUCUGGUCUAAAGGGCGGAGGGGGCUUCCGGGAGCCUGCACAGCCCUGAAGAUAGCGAGCUCCAGGAGCGGCUAGUGAUACCGACAGCCAUGUUUGUGGAAUCUGGAGAGGAGGCCCCGCCAAAGCCAGACGCGUCUUGGUUCUCCUGUGACCCACUCGGCUCAUUUCUUCCCUUGAUUUCCCUUCUUUUUUAAGAAUUUGUAUUUUCUAAUCCCCUCCUCUUAAGUUUCCUCCUCAUCUGCGAGAAGAGAAAGCAUUUUGUAACUUCCCCACACAUCGGAAAUGGGGUGCCUUGAUGACCAUCAUUAAGGACCUUUUACAUCAGUCUUUUGGUUUAUGUUGCAGAGUUUAUCAAGUUAAAGCCUUCAGAAUAGCAGUCACGUUCUUUCCUUUCACUGGGGAUCCUCAGGCAUCGCUCCUCUGGCCCGGAGACCUGAGACCCCAGAAUCCCCCAGAUGGACAGCUGCUCUGGGUCUUUUCCCAGAAGACUGUGAGAUAGGCCACUGCAGGGACCUGGCGUUUCAGUGUUUCUCUUGGUACAUUUCAAGCACAAUAAUCAUAUUUUUCUGAUAGACAA